UCAGGUCAGGCUAACUUGAAACAAUUUUCUACUUGAAGACCUGUCGGUUUGUGUGUGUGUGUUUUUUUCUCCUCUAGCUUUGUCAAGGCUUUGCUAAGAUCCGACAGCGCUUUGAUCCACCACCGUAUUCGCAGCGCAGCGCUUGUGGGACCGAUGCCUCCGCUAUUUCCUAACUCCGAUCAGCGCAGCCAGGCUCAUGACAGGGGAGACGGCUGUGUUCGAAGCACACAAACACGGCACGGCUGGGCUGGAACGGAUCUCACAGCUCCCCUUCGUCACUCCCUUCCCCCUCGCCUUAUCCCGGUGAGCCGCUUACUGUCCCGGGGCGGCCCGGGGGAGGCUCCUCCCAUCACCUCGCAAAGUUCGGAGCCGGCGGAGCGCCUUCGCUUCUCCCUGCCGCGGGGGGCUGAGCCGGGGAGGCGGCGGCUCGGCGGCUCCAUGCCCCGGCGCCAUGGGGAACGGCAGCGCCGGGGCCUCCCCCUGCAACGGCACCGCUCCGCCGCCUCCUCCUCCUCCUCCUCCGGCCGGCCACAACAUCGCCGCCCUGGUGCUGGGCAUCGUUCUCAUCCUGCUGAUCGUCGGGGGCAACGGGCUGGUGUGCCUCAGCGUGUGCACGGAGCGGGCGCUCAAGACCACCACCAACUAUUUCAUUGUCAGCCUCGCCGUCGCCGACCUGCUGCUCGCCCUCCUCGUCCUGCCCCUCUACGUCUACUCCGAGUUUCAGGGUGGCGUGUGGUCCCUCAGCACUGUGCUCUGCGAUGCCCUGAUGACCAUGGAUGUGAUGCUGUGCACAGCUUCCAUCUUCAACCUCUGUGCUAUCAGUGUGGAUCGGUUUAUUGCUGUUUCAGUCCCGCUGAACUACAACCGGCGACAAGUCGACCUGCGGCAGAUGAUCCUCAUCUCCACCACGUGGAUAUUCGCCUUUGCUGUGGCAUCCCCAGUCAUAUUUGGCCUCAACAAUGUCCCGAACCGGGACCCCAGCUUGUGCCAGCUGGAGGAUGACAACUACAUUGUGUACUCCUCCAUCUGCUCCUUCUUCAUCCCUUGCCCUGUCAUGCUGGUGCUCUACUGCGCCAUGUUCCAAGGACUCAGGCGCUGGGAAGAAGCCAGGAAGGCCAAGCUAAGGGGUGGCAUCUACGGGGGCAACAGAAUGCUCUAUCACCCCUCACCCUUCAUUGAGAGAGAGGGGGUUGGCACGGAGCCGGACGAGUACCACCGUUAUAUGCACCCUGAGCACCCCCUUUCUGGGGACUAUGUGAUGAGCAAUGGGCUCCAGACUGUCUCCUACCCACACCUCAAGUACCCACACCCGGCGCACAGUCAGAAGCGGGCCAAGAUCAACGGCCGGGAACGGAAGGCCAUGAGGGUACUGCCUGUGGUUGUUGGUGCUUUCCUCUUCUGCUGGACACCUUUUUUUGUGGUCCACAUUACGAGGGCUCUCUGCAAGUCCUGCACCAUUCCCACUCAAGUCACCAGCAUCGUCACCUGGCUGGGUUACGUCAACAGCGCUGUCAACCCCAUCAUUUACACCGUUUUCAACGCCGAGUUCAGGAACUUCUUCCGCAAAGUCUUGCACCUUUUCUGCUGAGCUCACGGAACUGGAGGGAACAACCAGGAUAACUUUGUAUAGUUCAUUAAAGAUCUAUUUCUGCCUAA